UUUUUUGUUGCCAUUAAUUUUCGCUAUGUUUUGGUAAUUUCUGCUGAUAGCUUUUUUUCUUUACUAAACACCUGCCCUUAAAUUUUAUUACUAAAUACUUAUGUCGAACCACAUUAAAGGCACUUGUGAAUUAUUUUGUCCAGAUGCGGAGGCCAAACUACGUAUAAAAGAAAGACUACUACAUUAUUAUGAACUGAAAAAUGGCGAAAAGAAUGUGCCAGGGCAGUUGGUGAAGGCAUUUGCCCGUUCAGCUGCGGGAGUUAAAGCACCCCGAGCAAAGGAUUUACGCACCGAGAUAUGUUUGCAAAGGACUGUGGAAUACUUAUUAAAAGAUAUAAUUUUAGACAAACGGCGAUCGUACAAUUUCAUGUAUGAUUUUAUAUUUGAUCGAUUACGCGCAGUUCGUCAGGAAGUAGUCAUGCAACAGUAUAAUGAGCGGCAAACUUUAAAGUUACUAGAACCAAUGAUAAUGUUUUUGGCUUACAGUCGUUAUAGACUUUGUGAAGAGCAAAUAGAUAAUUUUGAUGCGAAAAUUUGCAAUCAACAUUUGCAAGAAUGUCUGAAACGUGUUCUCUGUUGCUACGAUGAUAUUGAUGUAGACAAUCUGAAUUUAAGUGAGUUAAAUAGACGCAGCUUUGUUGAAGCAAUUUACCUUCUCUUCAAUUUGGGAACUACAGAAGCGCUUAACCGUGCACUAAGUUUGCCAACGGAAGUAUGCAAAAAUGAAACAUUUGAUUUAGCAUAUCGAAUAGCUAUAAACUACUAUCAAGGAAAUUUCUACCGCGUGCUAGUGGGUAUACAAAAACUGCCACAUAUUUUAAGUGCAAUGGCUGCUUUGAAAUUGCAGACAUUAAGACGAAAGGUGUACUUGGUAUUCGCACAUGCGUAUACAAGUAAGCAAUUAUUUGUGCCGGCUAGCUUUUUAUGCAAGUUGUUAUUAUAUGAAGACGUCAGUAAUUUAUUGGAAGACUGCAAAUAUUAUAAUAUAAAAUUAAGCGAAGACAAGUCAAGUUUACAGUUCCAGAAAUCGGAAUUUAAUAUAAAUGCAGUUACUUUGAAGGAGACACACGAAAGUUUUGUUGAGAAGAAACUUGCAAAAAUUUAUCUACCAGAAGUUUUACUCUUAAAACGUGUAUAAUAUAUGUAAAUACAUUUACGAAUUUGAUUUAUAUAUGGGGAUGUUUAGAUUGUAUUAUGAAAUAAAUGAAAAUUAUGAUGAAUUCAUAUACGAGUACAUAUAAAAGUGUCCAGUGA